AUGAUAGGUCUUCUUCAUGUUUCUUAACAAGCGGCUACAAUACACCAGUAAAUAAUAAUUAAAAGGUUGAUAUUAGUUUUAUUUAAUCUUCAUAAUCACCUUAAGUAUCAAUUAAAAAGCAAGAUUUAUAAAAUUAUAGUAAUAAUAAGAGCCAAGCAUCUUAAUUUUUCUAAAAAUAUCAAAGUUUAUUAACAAAAGAGCAAUAAAUUUAGAAUAGCCAAUUACAUUUUCAUUACUAAUCGCCUAUAAACAAACAAAAUAAAUCAUAUUUAUAACUUUUAAAGCCAAGCAUUUCAUUUUCAUCUUUAUUUUAAAGCCAAAAAAUAUUUAUUGAAUGUAAAGCCGAAUUAGAUGAUAAACUUAAUUAAAUAAUUGCUUUUGUAGUAAUAAAUCGCAAUCUAUCUUUAAGAUAUUCUAUUGAAUACUCUCCCUAUCAAUUAAUUGAAGACAUUUAGUCUCCUCAUCAUUCAUAAAGCCAAACAAUAUGGCCACUCCUAAAUGAGUACUUAGAAAGAGAUUUGCUGA